AUGGUACAACAACUUUGGUUUAUUUUAGCCCUUGGCAUUCAUAUUCUACAACAUGUGAGGCUAGCACAGUGGCUUCAACAAUGGAUCAUAAACCCAGAUAAGGUGGCUAGUCAUUUAUCCAGUGUUACACUGUCGUUGAUUUGGAAGGGUCGGAACCAAUUGAUUUUCAAUAAAACAACUUUCUGUCCUGUAUCUACUGCGAAGGAAAUAUCCAAUUUUUCUGCAGAAUUUUUUAUUGCUAAUCCGUUGAAGAUGAAGUCUGUCAGAGUUUCAGAACUAGAAAGCUGGGAGCAACCGAAUGUUGGCACAACAAAGAUCAAUGUAGAUGCAGGAUGCUUUCAAACUGGUACAACUGGUUGGGGCUGUUUGGCCCGGGAUCACACUGGCACGAGAGUUCCAAAGAAAUAUGUGGAGAAAUAUUGGAAAGGAAUAUCAAACCCUAUAUUCAUUAAAUUUCCAAAUGGUGUUCAACAAGAAAUAUUUUGGGUGGAGAGAAAUGGUGAUAUUUGGUUUCAAAAGAAUUGGGAAAGUUUUGCUAAGUUUCUGAAAUAUGGAUAUCUGUUAACAUUCAAAUUCAUUGGUGGAUCAUAUUUUAAGGUUAAGAUAUUUGGUGCCAAUACUUUAGAAAUAAACUACUCCAAUAUCAAAUCAGUUGAUGAAGGUGCUGAAGACACAAAAGAAGAAGGUAAAGAAAGUGAUGAAUCAAGUGAUGAUGAAGCCACUGAAGAAAGUCAUGAAGAUAGUGAUGAAUCAAGUGAUGAGAGUUCAGAUGAGGUUGAAAUGCCAAAGCAAGUUCAAAGAAAUGGCAAGAGAAAAGUGAGUAUGGAUUUUGACACUACCCAACCAAAAUUCUCAGGUAGUAAGAAAGUAGCCAUGGUGAAGAAGGCUAGAAAAUACCAAACAUCUGAAGCUGUUAAUGAGAAUACCUCUUUUGAAGUUACAAUGACUCAGUCUUAUGCCAAUGGCUAUUUCUUGUGGAUACCAUUUGAGUUUUCAAGAGAACACUUGAAAGAUUUUAAUGGAACUGCAACAAUAAGGGUUGGUAAUGACAGGAGUGUGGAAGUGAGUUUGAGGUAUUAUGGUACCCAGAAAAAAUAUGGUAUGGGUGGUGGAUGGAAAUUAUUCAGACAAAAAUAUAAUUUGCAAGUUGAUGAUGUUUGUAAAUUUGAGAUGAUUCAAGGGCGACCAAGUUCAUUCAUUGUUACUAUUACUCGUGCCAUAAACAAACCAAGCCCAAAGAAAUCACUAGGUCAUAAAAAAGGGGUCUCUUGUGGUAAGAGUGUAGUAAAGAAGGAACACAUUGGAGGAACUUCUAGGAGCCAUCCAAAAGUAAAGGAAGAAGGUCGUGAUGUGAAGGAGCAUAAGACAUUCAAGGUUUUCUUGAAGAACAAAACCCCGUGUGUACCAAAGGAGUUUAUGAAAAAAGGAUGUAAUGAAAAUAUUGUGGAGUUGAAAAUGGGGAGAAAGUCAUGGUUUGUAAAAGUCAAUUUUUAUCGGAGUCUUUGUGGCUGUAGGUUCAGUAAAGGUUGGAGACAAUUUAUGAAAGCAGGCAAAGUGGAGAUUGGAGAUACUUGUCUUUUUAAGUUAAUUGAUGAGAGGAAAUUUGUGUUUGAUGUUUCAAUUGUAGGAAAGAAUACAUAAGCUGUUUGUUCUUUAAGGUGUACUAAUAACUAGAUGUUUAGUUGCCUUGCCCUUUCAAGGGCUGGAUAUUUAUUAAUCAAUGUAU